AUGGCAGUCAACCUCUCACGCAAUGAGAUCCUUGGCAAGGUCUACAAGAUGGUGCCUCCCAUGCUGGAGAAGUUCCACAAGGGCCAGCUGGGACGGGUAGCGGUCAUUGGAGGCAGUGAGGAUUAUACUGGAGCUCCGUAUUUCUCGGCCGCUGCGUCGGCCAAACUAGGAGCUGAUAUGUCGCAUGUCAUCUGCGAACCAGGCGCAGGCGCCGUGAUCAAAACCUACUCUCCGAACCUCAUGGUCCAUCCAUACAUGCGACAACAGAAGAAUCUAGGCAAAGACGAAACGAUCGACUCCGUCGCGGACCAAGUCAUCGCCAUGCUCGAUCGAUUACACGUCGUGGUGAUCGGUCCCGGUCUCGGCCGUGAUCCAGCAAUGCAAGAGACCUGCGCGCGAGUCAUCACGGAAGCGAAGAAGAGGAAUAUCUCUUUCGUACUGGAUGCAGAUGGAUUGUACCUGGCGCAGACGAGACCGGAUCUGGUGCAGGGGUACAAGGAGUGUAUCCUCACACCUAAUGUUGUUGAGUUUGGACGAUUGGCUAAGAGCAAGGACAUCGAUACGAGCAAGGAGGAUCCGACCAAGCUGUGCGAGAAGCUGGCGAAUGCGUUUGGGGGAGUGACGAUCAUCCAGAAGGGCAAGGUGGAUUACAUCUCCAAUGGCAAGCAGACGCUCAUCUCGGAUGGUGAGGGUGGUUUGAAGAGAUCUGGCGGACAGGGAGAUACGUUGACAGGUUCUCUGGCGACAUUGCUGGCGUACAGGAAGGCGUAUCUGGACAAAAUCUGGGAUCACGAUGGCGAUAUGAAGCCCGACGAGCUGCUCACGUACGCUGCGUAUGGCGGUUCGGCUAUCACGAGGGAGUGCUCGCGACUGGCGUUCAAAGAGAAGGGUCGAAGUUUGCAGGCAGCUGACCUGACGGAGUUCGUCCAUACCGCGUUCCUGGAUAUCAUUGGCGAGAAGCCGACGGAUGAGGCGAAGCUUUGA